AACAUGUCAUUCUCUAUAUGCACACUGUGUAUAUAGUGAAUCACUCAGACACUGGACUUCACCCUGAUAGGAGGUGUGCAGGACUUUUUAUACCUGAGAUGAAGUUAGAUGAUGUAUUGACACACAUUGGUGGCUAUGGCAGAUUCCAAAUUUUGAUCUUUGUCCUGAUUGGUCUAAUCAACUUGCGAAGCAGUGGCUAUCUUCUGGGGAUAGUUUUCAUUGGCUACAAACCAGACCACCACUGCACUCUCCCCACAAAUGCCACAUUGAAUGAGUCGGUGCCCUUAGAACUGGAUAAUGAAGGGAACUGGCAGUUGUCUCAGUGUAAGAUGUAUGCUGUGUCAGGGAGUAACAAGACCAUUACAUGUACAGAUGGAUGGGAUUAUGCAACAGAGAAAGGAGAAAAGACUAUUGUAACAGAGUGGGAUUUAGUUUGUGGUCAAGACUGGUUAGUGGACAUGUCCACUACAAUCCACAUGGCAGGCAUAAUGUGUGGAUCUUUGUUCAUCACCCCUUUAUCAGACAGAGUGGGCAGAAAACAUGUCCUCUUAGCCUGCCUGUGGAUACAGACAGCUCUGGCCUUUGGACUGGCUUUCACCACCAGCUAUCUGCAGUUUGUUAUUCUAAGGUUUUUUAUAGGGGCACUUAACAGGGGUAUAGCAGUAAUAAGUUAUGUAAUGAUGACUGAAGUGUUCCCACCCUCUCACCGUACUCUGCCUGGGAUAGUACAGCAAGUAUUCUGGGCUGCUGGCCUCAUGGGCCUGGCUUUUAUUGCCUGGCUGGUCAAGGACUGGAGGCAUCUGUCACUGGUCAUCUCACUGCCCACUGUUCUCAUGGUCUCAUAUUACUGGCUCCUCCCCGAGUCUAUACGCUGGCUUAUUGCGAAGGGCAAGAUAAAAGAAGCAGAGGCAAUUCUUCAAAAGGCUGCUAGAAUUAAUAAGGCAUCUCUACCAGAUAACUGUUUAUCCUCUGAAGAAAUGGACAUGAUGAUGAAUCAGAAUAUAAAACGUGCUGACAACCCAUCGACUCAAGAAAUGCUUCAAGAAGAAGAAACAGUGGAGGAAGCUCAGCAUGUGACUCGGUUAACUUAUGACAAGGCUGAAAAUAUAGCUGGUGAAAUGAACAUAGAAAAUUCUUCUGUCACUCCAAGCAACGAGUGUUCUGCAGAAAACAAUGACCAGAAUGAUGAACAUUGUAAAACAAAACAUGGCUUUUUUGAACUACUGGACAUGUUCAAGAUAUGCUGCAUACCAAAAAUGGCAUUCUACACUAUCACUGUAUGUUAUUUAUGGAUGGUGAACAGUCUAGCGUACUAUGGUCUGACUCUGGGUUCUGGGACACUGCAUGGAGAUAGAUAUAUCAACUUCUUUCUCAGUGGUGCUGUAGAGUUGCCUGCAUAUUUCAUAGGUUCCUUUCUUCUGCAGAGAUUUGGAAGAAGAAAACCUAUUUGUAUGUUUCAAAUGUUGUGUGGUUUGUCUAAUAUUAUGCUGGUGUUCAUACCAAAAGAAACAGACAGUGGAGUGAACCUCCUCCCUCUUAUCAUCACCAUCUCAUUGCUGGGGAAGUUUGGGAUCACUGCAUCCUUCAGUAGUAUAUACCUGUAUUCAGCAGAAAUAUUCCCAACUGUAUUUAGGAACUCUGCAUUUGGAUUUGCAGCAUUUUGGGACACUGUUGGUGGGAUGGCAGCACCUUUUGUUAUAUACAGUUCUAAAGCAAUGUUGGAGCUGCCAAGAACAGUGUUUGGAGGGUUAACAAUAGUUUCUGGACUGUUAACUCUCAUCCUACCGGAGACCCACAACCGUCCGGUGCCAGAGACAGUAGAAGAUCUUGAGAAAUGGAACACUCAGCUGAUAAGUAAAAAGAAGCCGAGAGUCUGAAAUUAGAUUUACAAUAUUACGUUUUGUAGUGAACCUGUUAAAACCAAAGUAUUUGAUAAAUAUCCAAAACAGGUUUCAUGUGGUCUCUGGAUCAGAUAAAAACAAACACCAUUCAUAUGAUCAAGACUUAAGGUUGUGAAGACAAGAUGAAAUGUAUGACUGUUUGUUAUCUAAUCGGGUCUAAUCAUUUCUACUGUAUUUAAUGAUUAUUGUUAAGUUUAGUAGAAGUUAGAGGAGACUGGGGAAAAAACUGAACAUGUUUAGUCUUUAUGGAGGAUCUGGGUAAAACAGUAUAGUAUUCAGUGUUCAGUCAUUGAUUGUUUUUCUGGAGAAUAUGCUUCCAAGAGAAUAUUCAUGAUGUUGGGGGGAGUAUAGUAGGUCAAGAGGCAAAACCCCAUUAGAAGCAGGGAGCAAAGCCUCCCUCCAAAGUUGAUAAGAAUAUAUUUAAAAAUUGUCUUUUUCUUCUGCCACCCUUGUGUCAUGCUUGAUGUUUUAUGAGGCACGUACUCCUCACCAUAUUGCACUCAUCUAGAUAUUCAAGGCAUCCCUUUUGUCUAUAGUCCAGAUUGAUAAUAAGCUUCUUACAAACUGUCAAACAUUAGAUUACUAUCUACUUUAUGAUUCUUUCCAUGCAAUCAGAUACAAUUUCCAAGCAUCACAAGCAUUAAAAAUGUAACUGUAUUUGAGUCUGGAAUAACCUUGAGUCUUUCUUAUGCCUACAGGGUAUAAUUGGCCAAAGCCAAGACUUUCAAGAACCUUUUAGAUUAUUUUUGUUAUGGCCUCUGUGGGCUUUUCCAAUCUGAAAGUGUACUUUCUACACACAGAUCCUUGCAUAGUCUUUGGCUGGCAGUGAAGGCUGCUCCAUCUCCUCCUCUUCAGCUUCCUAGGGAGCAGGAUGUCCCCUUGUGCAGCUGUCUGAAGGGAGUCGCAUAUACUUAAAAAUGCAACCCUGGUACAUGACCCAUAAUAUUCUGAAUGUCUCUCCUCAAGCACUGGGCUAGCUCCCUCUAGUACUACAUUCACUGAGGAGUCCAAUUUGCCUUCUAAUUUUCAGAAUAUUGAAAUUACAUUAUCUGUUUGCUCUUGUAAUGUUUGUGCCAAUUUUCUCGUGAAUUCGUCUCUGAGCUUUGAAAGUUUGUAGUCAAUGAAAUCUUUCAAAUCCUGUUCCUGGGCGUGGCCUUGGUGGCUCAUGAAGUGGUUUGAUCAGUCAAGAAGGCGUCCCCGCUCCCAAACAGACUGAUUUCCGUCACCUCAGUCUUGCCACCGGCAGCGCUGAUUGAGCUAGUGACUAAUCCCUGCAUAUGUAUGAAAAUAAUUUUUUUUCUUUUAUCAUGUCGGUGAGGUGACAUGAAACUAAGAGAAUAUACCUGACCUGUAUAACCACAAAACACUUAGUCAUACCUUCAAUUUUAAUGGCUUACCUAUGUCUUGGGUGCUUGUAUCCAGCAAGUUGCAGGGCAUUUGCAGAGGGCGAUUUCCUAGGAUCUUGUCAAGCUCUUCGUAAUACUUGCAUGUUUUGUGCCCCCUACCACUACGACUGAAAAAAUAUAAAGGAAGAAAUACAUGAAGAUAUAAUAAACACAUGGAUAUGGGUAAUCAACAGUAACAACACCUGAGAAAGGAAUCAGAAGGCCUAUGGGCGCUAUCUAAUAAGGUAAGUUAUGAAAAAUACGAAGGUGAAUGAAGUCGGAAAUCUGACAGUAGUUGAUAAUUGCAAAAUUCAAUAGAAACUCACUUGUUGUUGUCUUUCGCUUUCUUACAGUUCUCUUUCAACUUUCUGAGUUUAUUGAGGCAAGCCUGGCCUGAACGAUCAAUACCGCAAUCCUGUCUCAGCUGCUCAGUGAUCUUUCGGAAAACUUGAACAUUUGUGUAACGCACACUUGCAAACUGUGCUUGAAUGUCUUCCUUCCCCCAGAUAUUGAUGAGUGCGAGGGUCUCUGCGUCUGUCCAGUUUUCCAUUCCCUUUGCCUUUCCUCCCAACUGGUUUGGCACUACUACUAGUCUGUCUUCUCUUAUUGUGGCAUGUACAGUGAUAGGUAAUUCAUUGGAUAUUCCUUCUUCACUUGGUAUGAGGAAAAUAGUUUCAGCAAUUUCUUUGUUCAUUGCUGUUUCCCCCUGUAACUCUUCAGAAAUGAAGAGGAAAUCCCCGUUGUUAGAGGAGGAAACAGCAAUAAGUGUAAUUUUUUUUCUUCAUCCAUGCUUUGUUGUAUCUGGAAUGAACAGAGAAGGCAUAACUAAUUAUAAUUUGAAACAGUGUAUUUGUUAAACAUCAUAUAAAACAUUUAAUUGUAGUGAAAUUACAGGACCAAGGACAGUGUUGACGUAGGUAUAGUAUUAGUAUUCUUGCUUGUUGGGAUGAAAUCAUGCAUGUAUGUUUUAUAUUCAAGUUUUAAGUAUGAUAGUUUUAGAAAGGAAAGACAAGGAUGAAUGAAAACAGUGAGAUGUUUGAUAAUUUUUUGCAUCAUUUUUGUUGGUCCUAACACUGAAAGUUGCUAAAUUGCAUGAAAAUUGCUAUUAAAGUUGCAUGGAGGGCAAUUUUAAGUGUGAAAUGAACUGAAUUUUGGUGCACUUGUGUACAACAUUAAUCCCUAGUAAUGUGAAGUAGAUAUUGACAUUUUUGCAUGGUUUAAUAUGACAUAAUAAUAAUUAUUAAUGGAUGGAUAUACAGUGAUAUGGAAUUGUUUAAGAUGAAAUAACUUCUUUAACAUUUAGAGACUAUUUAGUAUGGAUUACAAAAUAAGAAAAAAACAGUUGUUACCUCCACAUCUUUGGAAUUGUUGAUGUGGCACACCAACCUUUUUACAAAAGAGAUGAAACUUAUUUGUCCCUUAAAUUCUGCCAAACUUCCAACCUUGACAGGAGAACUAGAGGCAUCUUGCCAUAGAUUUACAGCUAUUGAGUCUGUUUUAUCUUGUACCAUGAGGCUUAUCUUUGUAGGUUGUCCCUUGACUAUAAGGUCCUUGGUUGUUUCAAUCUGUAAAGAAGUAAGAAGUGAUUUCAACAAAAGAAACUGGCAAUGAAUAAAAUGUUAGCCUGCAAUAUGAUGCAUUGGUUUUGAAACGUUAUUGCAAAACAGUUAAUUGGUUCCUUUUGGAGAUCCAUUGAUAAUCCUGUGCAGAUGAAUGUCAAGUGCAAAUGUCGCAAUAUCACAUCAUGCUGGUGAAAUAGCAUCAUUGACAAACUUUAGUUUAACAGUUGUUUUGGUUUUGUCCAAAACAUUUGGGGCAGAUACUAUUAUUUCUGAAUAUACAUUCCCAAUAAGACUUAUUUUGUUUUCUUUUUUGUUUUCUUUCGUUCUUCCUUUCUUUUUUUUUUUUUCUUAAUAAUGGAACUGUCUAGUUUGCUGGAAUAUAUGAGAUGCUUAUACUUGUACUUUUGAUAAUCAGUCUGGGCAGGGGGCAUGGCACAUCAAUGGGUUAUCCUCUCCCAGAUCUCCUUUCUUUGCUUGCCCCCAUAAAGAGCCAUCUUCCUAGCUCCCGAUUUGUCCGCCACACCGACUUCGGUCAUGCCUUUCACCUGGCCUUUCUUGUCAGUAUAGGAUGUAGUUUCAGUGGUCGCUAUAACUUUGACCCUCAACCUUGAAGCACGUGGAUGGGCUGAAGUGUUGGCUGAAAUCUGUUGCAAGGAAAGCAUGUUGAUGAUGAGUAAGUCCUAGGACAGAGUAACUGUGUUUUCAGUUGCAUCUUCUUUUUAUUAGCUGUGGGAGACGACAGCCUUGGGGGGUUGACUGACCAUUUGUUAUGAAUAAGUUCUCUAAUAGUUUGUAAUUAAUGUUUAAAGACAAUCCACCUCUUUAUACUGCAUCUGCUGACUGUUCUCUCUGUCCGAUGUCUCUGCUUACUCCAUACCUUCUUGCUGCAUAUUAUUUUCCUCCUCAUGCUGCCUCUCAUGUAGUGUAGCUAAGAAAUCUCUUCGCAUUUCAUUCGCGAUGCCAACAAUGACGUAGUGCUCUCCUUUCCCCUCCAGGAAGUAUCCAAGUGUAAGAGUAAACAUAGUGCUGCUGUACUGCCCAUCUGGUGAAACUAGUGUUGUAAAGUCUGGACCAUCUGAUGCGAUGAGAAAUUGGACGUUGGACGACAAGGCCAUAAGUGUAACGUGGUCACCGUAUGUUGUUUUCUUGAGCAUAUUAUUAGUGUAGGUAUUAAAAUCACCAAAAAUGAAUUGCUCGUAAUGCGCCUCGUUGUCUCUAAUGUGACAGAUGGCUUCUACUCAAAGAGAAGCUGCGGUGCCGUGUAUCCUAAAAACAGACAGCUGGUGACCAACCACCGGUUUCUCGGCAUUUGUUAAGCACUUUAAUGUUUCUUUGAUUCAGAUUGUUGACCUUGUCUUUAUGUGAUAGCACUAUAUAAUAUAUCUUCUCGUGCUGUUGUUUUUUCCAUUCUUCUGUUGGGCUUCUCUUUUCUUUUCUUGGCUGGCUGUUGCCACUGUUAAAUCAGUCACUGAUACCCAUUGGGUGUUGAUGGUUCCAUUGGGCCACUUAAUCGUCACCAAAUAUUUAUGCUUGAACAGAUCACUAUCAACUACAAUUCCUUUACAGGCAUACCGACAUCUUGGAAUUAUUUGGCUGCCUCUGCCACUUGGAGGGUACCGAACAAACAACCUCUCACUCUCUCGGUAAAUUGCUGUUUUCUUUGUGCCCUUUAUGAUCAUGCGUGUACUGGCCUGCCUUGAUUAAUUCUUCACUUUUUUGCGCAUACCAACGUUUCUAGAUCGGAAAAAACUUCUCUCGCUGUCAUGAUGCUAAGGACCUCUGUGGGAACGUUGUUAAUGGCUUCUUGGGUUUCAUGGAGGCUCUUUGCCAAAUUAAAGCCAUUGUGUUGCUGGACUUUGAAGCUUUGUGGCUCAAGUUUAAGAGACAGCGAAAUUUGGAUGGUAUGUUACGUGCAUGAAGUGUUAGAAAUCAUCAAAUUUGAUAAAGGCCUAGCUAGUCAAAAAUUCGCUUUCCAUACGAGUAUUGGUUAGUUAUGAUUUUUUAUCAUUCAUGGUCCCAAGAGAGUGAAACGUUGAUACCAACUUAUUCAUGUCGGAUGCUAUAAUAAUCAAAUAUAUUUUGCAAUCUGUACAUGAAAAAUUUUAAGAGCAUACCUGUAACCUUCUUUGCACCUCUACAUUGGGUUUGGGUGAUCAAUGAAGUUAAAGCUUACAUAUUUUGUACGUAUUGACAGAUGAAAUUAAUAUUUACCUGAAAAUCCUUGAAGCGUUCGUGCACCUUAUCACACCAUCCCUAACAAAAAAGUGUUGUAUUAUACACCAAGCAAAAUACCACCACAAUGCAGUUAAAGCAUACAUAUUUUGUAUUUAUUGACAGAUGAAAUUAAUAUUUACCUGAAAAUCCUUGUAGCAUCCCUGCAUCUUAUCACACCAUCCCUAACGAAAAAGUCUCAUAUUAUAUACCAAGCAAAUACCACCAGUCUUUGCUUGGCCCCUUUAAGAGCCAUCUUCCUAGCUCCCAAUUUGUCCGCCACGCCAACUUCGGUCACGUCUUUCACCUUGCCUUUAUUGUCAGUAUAGGAUGUAGUUUCAGUGGUUGCUAUAACUUUGACCCUCAACCUUGAAGCAUAUGGAUGGGCUGAAGUGGUGGCUGAAAUCUGUUGCAAGGAAAGCAUGUUGAUGAUGAGUAGAUCUGAAUGUAAGUCCUAGGACAGAGUAACUGGGUUUUCAGUUGCUUCUUCUUUUUAUUGGUUGACUGACCAAUAGUUAGGAAUAAGUCUCUAAUAUGUCAUUAAUGUUUAAAGACAAUUUUUGGGAAAAGACAAACAGACUGGAAAGUGAUCGCCAAAAUAAGUAGGCAAAACUGUAAUUUUCAGUUCUUCAUGAUCAAAGUUUGUACAAGAUCUAAUGCCGAUUCAUAAAUGGUAGUUGGAGUUGUGACACAAUGAUUAAAAUUAAAGUCAAGGCACAUUCUGAGAGCAUUUGCAUUGUUUUCAUGGAGCCAGUUGACAUUAAAGUCACCUACAAUAAUGCAUUUGUUUGUCUUGUCUAUCUGCUGACCCAAUCAAUCUUUUCAUCUGCAAUUUUUUUGUCUUAAAAAAUAUGUUAACAUACAUAGAGGCUCUUCUGUCAUUGUGUCUUAAUUCAGACUUGCAGAUGUCACAAAAAUUCGUAAAAGCAUGCCUCUCAACCCGACGUAACGAGGAGAAUAACUAAAACGUAAAAGCAUGCCUCUCAACCCGUCGUAGCGAGGAGAAUACAUAAAUCGUAAAAGCAUGCUGCUCGACCCCUGGGGGGGCAGACCCUGAAAAAGUUAACUUCCAGGUUGAAUAGUGUACAGUCACUGAAACGAAAACAAAACUAUUCGCUCCGGCAACAUAAUGAAUAUGAACGGCCUGCCUCUGAAAGAUAAUUAACACAGAGUAAUUCUUAGCCGAGAUGCCUUCCUGAUAAUAGCGCCUCGCAAGCUGCGGUAAAGUUUGUACUGCCCAACCUCAGACAGAUGGACCCCGUCCGUUUUUAUGUGUAGCCAGGACGGAUUGCCUAGACCGACAUUCUUCCAAAAAGAAAUAAACAAAUGUAUCUGGGCGAUGUCUGAAAGAAAAUUAUUAAGCUGAUCAACUUCAUCAUUGAAGUUGGAAUAGGGGAGACGGAGCCUGUGAUGAACCUGAUUCACCAAUACAUGAGAACUCGUGACAGCUCCGAGCGAGGCCCUCAAUGCUCUUACCUAUAUCGAACAGAGAAAUAUUCAAGUCAGAUAGGUCAUUAGACCCAAUUACCAAUAUAACCAAGGCGGGGCGGACCCGGUGAAGGAUAUCCAAGUCAUACCUGACUAGUUUCGGUAACGUACGGCCUCCCACACCGUGCCAGUGUACAAUGUUGGGAAAUCCAAAAUCUUUCUCCGUAUGCCCCUCCUGGCCUUGGUCAAGAUAUGAAUGAAGCCUAUGAACAAAGGAGUGACCAAUGAUAAGGACCGCCAUGGCCAACUGUGAUCAAAGAUAACUUAAAUGUAAAGAAAAGAAAAUCUUACUUGUAAAAUGAAAGGUCUGCUUCUCGUAUGAGUCUCCUUCUAGGUUGGAUCCGUGAGUCCCUCAAACAAAGCCGGAUCAAGAGAAAUACUGGCAGACACAAAGUGUAAUGCAAACAAAGAUGGUCAGCGAGGCAAAAAUGAAUAAAUUCCAAUGGUGAGUGUUCCUUUUCUCAAUAAAGUCUAUUCAAGCUUGGUUAGAUCCAAGAGUCGCACAAACGGAUUAGUAAUAAGUAAAGAAGUAAACAGUCACAGACCAAACGAAAAUUUUUUUCCAGCGAAGCUCAACUGGUAUAAUCAAUCUUGAAUGCUAUGCUUUCCGCAAAGAACUUGUAGCAAAUUGAGGCCGAGCACUAGUGUUUACUGAAUAAAUGCGGCAGCGCGUAAUUUAAAGAGAGCCCCGGAUUAAGUGCUGCAAAUUUCAGCAAAAGUGACGCUUAAAAGCUGCCGGUUCUCCCUGAUUGGACAGAUAAUUUUCAAGGAGCGUAAUGCAGUGAAUUCCAGAUGCCAUUCCCUGUUUACACUCCUAACCUGGUAAUACUAGAUGCCGUUUCUCCAUGCUAAUGAAAGUUCGCAACGGCCCAUGAAAUCAAUUAAGUUAACCGUCGCCAUAAACAUUGUUUGUCUACGCCAAACUUCCCUUUUUAUUUCUAGAUCGUGCAUUGCCAAGAAAUAUUUCUGGAAAAGCCAGUUCUUCAGUGUUGAUCUCUUAAUAUGCUGAGUGGUUGACCUUCUUGACCAGGUGCAAAAGAGUAAAUUUUCUCUCUCUGUGUCUUUCAAGAAGUCUGUUAACAUUGUAUCUCUUAUACCAGGUUUCAUUUCUUUGUCAUCAAUUUCAUGCCGAUCUUCAGUAUCAUUUGACUGUGAGUAUUUACCUCUAUCUGAAUUAGCCUGUGUCAUCUCUUUCUUUUGCAGCAAGUUCUUGCUUAUGUUAUUAGCAGGUAAUGAUAAGUCACAUACAUUUUGCACUACAUCAUAGUGAUCAGAAUUAGUGUUUUGCAAGUAAAUGGCUAUUUCAUGUGAAUGAUUGUUCUGAUCAAGAAACUUAGCUGAAUACUUCAACCAUUUCCAAAAGCUGCCAGGCUUGCAGUAUACAUAGAUGUCAGUUUGUAGUAAAUGUGCCGCAGCAAGUAUAUCUGUUUCAGUACCCCAAACAUUUGCAUUAUUCAUGCCUGUUCUUCUUACAUAAUUUGCUGAUGUGAUGUCAUUAUCACCUAACGUACUACUUGGAAAAGCAUACUCAAGCUGCUUCAUAUGACUGAUGAUUCUGUUUCUAAGUAAACUGUGAUCGUCAUCAUACAACGUGUCACAACCAGUAAUGGCAAAAGA